AAAACAAAUUAAAGAAGUCACAUCCCUUCAUCGCAAGUUGCUAUUUCCCUCUGACUUUCCUCUCUUCCUCAGCCUACUUAUAUAGAAUAACUCUUCUUUCUUCUCUUCACACGCAUAAGAUUCGAAGAGCUUGAUGAUGCAAAGCGGCUCAGAAGAGAGUGGUCCAAGCAAGCUGGAGAAGAAAUACAAGGGAGUACGCAGAAGAAAAUGGGGCAAAUGGGUGUCUGAAAUAAGGGUUCCAGGCUCAAAAGAGCGGCUCUGGUUAGGAUCAUACGCUACGCAGGAAGCGGCGGCGGUAGCCCACGACGUCGCUUUCUAUAGUUUACGUCGUCCGCUGAGUUUGUCAGGCCUUAACUUCCCUGAACUGCUACCACCCAGUUGUGUGAAUAACGCGAAUAUUAUGUCCCCAAAGUCCAUUCAAAAUGCUGCCAUUAACGCUGGAAUGGGGAUUGAUGCACAAAUGAUAGAGGAUAAACCGGUAAAAGAUGAAAGAAAGGUUAAUGAAACCAGCAUAAUUCAGAGCUUGGAGACGCCGUUUUGGGGAAUGAUAAUCAGAGUUAUGAUGAGAAAGAGCUAAGCAUUUCAGUUGAAGAUUAUGGCUAUCUCAAUUACUAGUUCUUGUUCUUCAGGAUUUUUUUUUUUUUUCAGUUUACCGAAGUAAAAUUCGUAGGACAUGCAGCGAAGAUCUGGGGGAGUUUUUUAUCGUUGUCGUAUUGUAAAUAUCAGAAGGAUGACUGAUGAUACUAAUUAAUGAAUAUUCUGGAUUUAAAUUUAGUAUAAA